AUGCCUGUUCCGACACAGGAGAAGGCGUUCGGCGCCCAGGAUUUCAUCGCUUUCGACUUUGGCACCGACCAUGAGGACGAUGCACCACAGUACUCGACUCAGGCAAGAGGAGCGCGUGGAUCAAAGGCCCGCGAGAAUGAUGACUUGAGUGCAGUACGGAAAGGCAAGAAGCGCAAGUCCGACGAACGUGAGGAUGACGGACGCACCAAAAAGGAACGAGAGAUGGCAAGGUCACGUCACACCCCUUGGUCAGCCGAUGUGGAAUGGAGCAAAUGUCAGAAUGGCGCAGAAGCGUUGCAUCGCGAGCUUAUUGCAUUUGACCAGUGGAUGGCGCCGACAGGGGCUGAACAUGAAACUCGUUGCAUGGUCAUCGAGCUCAUUGCUCGCGCCAUCAAGUCUCAGUUUCGUGAUGCAGAAGUACGUCCCUUUGGUAGUCAAGAAACCAAGCUCUAUCUUCCGCAGGGCGAUCUCGAUCUGGUCGUCGUCAGUCGGUCUAUGGCCAACCUUCGCACGCAGUCGGCACUUCGCACCAUGGCCGCCUGCCUUAGACGACACAACCUCGCCACAGAUGUCCAAGUUAUUGCCAAGGCCAAAGUGCCCAUCAUCAAGUUCGUCACAACCUAUGCGCGUCUCAAGGUCGACAUCUCGCUCAAUCACACGAAUGGCCUGACCACCGCAAGCUAUGUCAAUGGCUGGUUGCGCAAAUGGCCUCACAUCCGACCCCUCAUCCUUGUCAUAAAGCACCUUCUCAUGCAACGAGGCAUGAGUGAAGUCUUUUCGGGAGGCCUUGGUAGUUAUAGUGUCAUUAUCAUGGUCAUCAGCUUCCUUCAGCUCCAUCCUAAAUUGCAGCGAGGUGAGAUCGAGCCCGGCAGAAGCCUCGGUGUCCUUCUCCUCGAAUUCCUGGAGCUGUAUGGCAAGAACUUUGGCUACGACAACUGCGGUAUUUCUAUCAGAGGUCGAGGUGGAUACUUCAGCAAAGCCAGACGAGGCUGGAAAGACGAAAGACGUCCAUUCAUGCUGUGCAUCGAGGACCCGCACGAUCCAUCAAAUGACAUCUCCAAGGGCUCAUUCGGUAUCAUCAACGUAAGAUCCACAUUAGCCGGUGCAUUCGACAUUCUAACAGCAGCAAUCUGCCAGCAGGCUAACAAAGGUAUCUCUGGCAGAUACGGAGCAGCUUCCAAUCGUGCGGCACGCAACGAUCGUGCAAAGCAUCGUCGUUUCUCGGUCGAUUCCGACUCUGAUUCCGACGCUGAAGCUAGGCGUGCACUUGUGCGUGACUCCACAGCAGAAGGAGGUAAAGAUGACAAGGAUCCACGCAGCCUGCUCGGCACCAUCCUCGGCAUCUCGAAUCCGGUUGUCCGUCAAAGGAACGAGAUGGAAGAGCUGUACUUCUCUGGGUCAUUGCAGUUCAAGCUUGGCAGGCCGGCACCGCCUAGCAGCCCUCCUCCUGCACGAUCCUCGUGUUCUCAGACAGACCGUGCUCAGCCACGUGCAUCAGCUUCUGCUUCUUUAUCGUCCCGCACACAAAGCUUAAGUCAGACCAAGUCUCGUGGCGACAGUGGUAUCGUCUCCAUCAGCGACACACAGAGCAAGGCCAAACGUGGCGAAAUGCCGUCUUUCUCAAUCCGCGGUGCCGCUGCUGCGACGCAGAAUGUACGUGAUGCAGCUACAAAACGCAGAGCGCAGAACGUGCCCACUUCUGCAGAGUCAGAGGAUGACGAAGAGGAAGAAUAUUCACGGUACAGCGCAAGUCGUUCUACCAAAGGCAACGCUGCCGCGUAUGGCAAUAAGCGUGCUCGAAAAGCACAAACAGAAAUCACUCAGGCUGACCUGGAAGACUUGUCGCAAUCGGCACCUUCCACCUUUGUCUCAGAAGACAGUGACGAAGAGAUUGCACGGAGCGAUGAUCAAAUUCAAUUGCCUACGCUCUCAGACGCGAGCAGCGCCAAGUCAUCGCCAAAGCCGUCGAGCAGUGCGAGAGGUAUGACGCGCAUCUCUUCUCGCACCAAGAACGACUUCUGGACUUCGAAAGGUGUCGACAGCGGCCCGAAAAAGCCUUCGAUCUCACCGCCGCCAAUCGAGAUUCACGAUAGCGAUUCAGAGUGA